AUGGAAGACCUCUGUACACGCGAAGACGAGGACUCCAUGCGCGUCUACCCUAUGACCGAACCACAGCCCUUGUACGAUGCUGAUGACGAGAACGAUACACAUGGCUACCUGGACAUGGGUGAGCAUACUCGCUUGAAAGUCCUCGCCGACAUCAUCGGUGGGUUCGUGGAGGGCUACAGCCUCAGGGUCAAUCACAGAGAAUACGAGCUUGGCGAUUUCAUGAUUACCUAUCUGUCUCAUGGAAAGGAGCUACAGAAGCUACAAUUCCCCAGAGUGUUUAAGCUGAAUUACAAGUUUUGCCAACUUCCGUACCCCGUCCAUCCAGCCGACCACUUCACUCUUCGCGAAAUCGUCCACUUUUGUGGCUGGUGGCCCUACGAGUGGUGGCACGAUGAGUCACAAUUUUACGCGUGGCUUGUGAAGGAAUUUGGACCGAUGGAAGAAGGCAUCGCGCCCUGGCAUCUCUCUCUGUACGCCACUUUGGAGACGGAGAGGAGGAAGAAUGGGGCAGAAGCAAUGCCGUUCGCGAAUGAGGACUCGAUUGAGGAUCUGUUCUAG